AUGUUGUGGCGUUUUGGCGUGACAUCGAUUGACCGAUGUGCAAACAUACUGCUACGGAAAGUUGGAAAUCUGCUCAUGCGCGGUACGGCUCAGCUUGUUUCAGAGAAGUUUUUGCCUGGCCUAUUUGGCAAUGGCGCUGGAUACAUUGCUGUUUGCUAUUUGCCCUUGCAGCUUCCUCCUCUCACUCCGGUCACUAAUCAGAAACUGUCGCAGGCACUGCGUUCAAGCUACGCCAGUUUCGAUGCUGAACGCAUCCGAUUGAACAUAUCUAAAAACCCGUUGCAUUGGAGCCCUCAUCAAGUUCGACAGUGGCUUUAUUGGGCGAUCCGCGAAUUUUCGCUGCAAGGUGUAGUCGUGGAACACUUUGCCCUGAGCGGCAGGGAGCUCUGCUCUCUCACCAAAGAAGAGUUCAUGAAUCGGUCACCGCCGUUUGUCGGUGACAUACUCUGGGAGCAUUUGGAAACAAUGCAAAAAGAUGCUUCCUUUCAAGACUGGGAAAAGGAGCCGUACUGCUCAAACGCAGCCGUACUGUAUCGAGAUGGUAGCGAGGCACGUGCUGCGCCGAAUCUGUAUGACCCAAAGAUGAAGAGAAUGCUCCUUGUCGGCUCUCGUUUGAAUGACUCGAUGCACAUGCUGAACGGCCGUUCUUCAUUCGAUGACAGUUCCAACGUGCCGAGUUUGCCUGACUCUCAGAGUAGAGCUGUGGCGCCGUGUGUCGACAAUAUUCAGACUCUCGCCGGCAUGUACACUACCGGAGAAGAGGAGAAAUAUGCCCCCGUCAUCAACAUCAGUGUUCACCAGUCUUUCAUAGAAUGCUUGAUCGAGCUGGGUGGGCUCUUCCAGCAGUUGGCCAAUGAACUUGCUCUUGAACAGUCAGCCAACUGGGAUACGAACUGCACCCGCACCAAUCCAUCAUUGGCUGCCCCAAUGAAUUCUGUACCCUCUUAUCACGUCGCUCGCUCCCAGAACACACCCGUAAUGAACAGGCAUGACUACGAUCAGAUGAUGAAUUCGGCUUCAGUUAUGGAGUUGAAGAACAACUUUUCACCGUCCCCGCAGUUCGCUCUGUCUGCCAUGUCCCCGGCUUGUCUGAGCCCUUGCCCUACCCCGUCGGAAUUCGACGGACAGCCUUCACUUAGUCCCCUCAACUUGUCAAACUACGCAGGUUCCGGACCAAUUCAGCUUUGGCAAUUUUUACUAGAGCUGCUCAUGUGUAGAAAUUGUAGAAACUUCAUAUGCUGGACUGGCAAUGGCUGGGAGUUCAAACUUAUCGAUCCUGAUGAAGUAGCUCGUCGAUGGGGUAUACGAAAAAAUAAACCAAAGAUGAACUACGAGAAACUUUCCCGUGGAUUACGGUAUUACUAUGACAAAAACAUUAUCCACAAAACGGCUGGUAAAAGAUACGUGUAUCGAUUUGUAUGUGAUUUAACCCAGUUGUUGGGCAUGACUUCUGAAGAGGUCCACCUGCAGCUAGGCAUUCCCGGAGAUGACGAAUGCAACAGUUCGCCGUGCGGGUCUGCGGCGGAUAUGGACAUGCAGGAUGUAAAGCCAACGAUCAGAAUGCAGACGCAGAAGGUUACAUGCGUCGACUAA